AUGCCACAAGACACAAUCAUUCCAGUUUUCUGCCUUCCUCCUCUUUUCCCCGGAAUGAUACCUAUUGCAUCAUACUACAAUGCAGCAUUGUCACUGCAGGAGGAAGAUAAUUUUCUUGAAGCCGUCUCCAAUAUGUCGCGCCUGAGGCAUCCAAACAUAGUUCAGUUGGCAGGAUAUUGUGCAGAACAUGGGCAGCGUCUUCUGGUUUAUGAUUAUAUUGGAAAUGGUAGCUUGCAUGAUAUGCUGCACUUUGCUGAUGAGCGAAGUAAGAUGCUGACAUGGAAUGCACGAGUCAAAGUAGCACUGGGCACCGCUCGAGCUCUAGAGUACUUGCACGAAGUGUGUCUGCCUUCUGUUGUACAUAGAAACUUGAAGUCAGCAAAUAUAUUAUUAGAUGAAGAGCUCACUCCUCACUUCGACUGUGGGCUGGCUGCUUUGACACCAAAUACAGAACGACAGGUUUCAUCGACCCAAAUGGUUGGUUCAUUUGGUUACAGUGCUCCUGAGUUUGCCUUAUCUGGAAUAUACACUAUUAAGAGUGAUGUGUACAGUUUUGGUGUGGUAAUGCUGGAGCUCCUGACAGGUCGAAAGCCACUUGAUAGUUCAAGACCAAGAACAGAACAGUCACUUGUGAGAUGGGCCACUCCUCAACUUCAUGAUAUAGAUGCCUUGGCCAAAAUGGUGGAUCCUGCUCUUAAUGGGAUGUAUCCUGCAAAGUCUUUGUCUCGUUUUGCUGAUAUAAUUGCACUUUGUGUUCAGCCUGAACCUGAAUUUCGGCCUCCCAUGUCUGAAGUGGUGCAAGCUCUGGUAAGGUUAAUGCAAAGGGCAAGUGUAGUGAAAAGGCGAUCUAGCGAUGAGUCUAGUUUUGCAUACAGGACUCCAGAUCAUGAAACAAUUGACUUUUCGUAAUGGCCCUCUUUGUUUCCCGGCAUCGCGGAGCUGUAUCCAGCCUUUGCAAUUUUGUAUACACACCCAGGCAGAGGUGAACUGUGUAAAAAGUGCAAAACAGACCAGCUGAUUAUUGGCAGGUACAAAAGAAAAAUGCCCGAACAGAUUCAUACGAAGUUCACAUCUUUGUCCUUCCAUUUUGAGGCACAUAUUUCACAUUUUAAUCGAUGAAUCAGUUCAUCCACCAUUCUUGUACUCAUGGUCAUGACUUACUGUGUAUAUUAUUGUUCUUCUUCCAAGAUAUAAAUACGUGUAUCCCAUCCGCCGGUACGCAAAGGGAUUUAUGAGAAAUGAUGAGGGGGAGUCAAAAUCUACACAUUUUCCUUCACAAAUCACGGUCAUGUAAAGUGGUCCAACCCCUUCUUCAGUUCUUGUAAGUUGUUCCCAAAAACUUGGUACUGCCACCAAUAACCCAUUGCUUCAAUGGUCAAUCUGCCUCGUGCUGUGCUUGUUUUGGCACAGCAAGAAUUUGUGCCUUACUCAGAAUGCAACGACUUUUCUUAGCUUCAUCUGAUUCAUGCAUUGUAACGUCAACAGUCUACAGGAUUGUGAAACUGCUGUUGAUUUAUUGCAAUGAUGCCACUUUUCUUUUCA